CUCACCUUCACUCCCUCUCCCCUUUCCCUCGUUUUAAUCAAAACCUUUUUAACCCAAAACCAAUUUUACCCGCCAAACACCUCAACAAAUCCCCUCCUUUCAAACCCAAACGGCUACCCCUAGGGCUCGUCCGUACCCCCAACACGACGUCGUCUUAUGGAUCUGACGCCUAGGGUUGAGAAGCGGCCAAUUGCAGACGCGGAAUCGGGGGCCCAGCCUAGCAAGAAGCCCAGAUGCGAGAGCGACUUGAAGAGAGUGGCCGAGAUUGUGCUGGCUUUGUCCACCUUGGCCAAGAUUCGAGGCGGUGAGAAGCCGACGGAGCCGGAGAUUGGGCUCAUCGAGGAGGCGAGGGCCAGGCUGGUCGAGCUCUGCGAGGGUUUGCCGCCUAAGGAGAUUGUCGCCAGGGACACGAUUUCAGCUGUGAUUGAGAAUUUGGGGCUUAAUCCCAAGGUUAAGGAGCAGGGAUUAGGGUUUCGGGGUCCCCAGUUGACGGUUGCCGAGAAGUUUUCGCUGACUAAGAGGAAGAUGGAUGAAUCCAAGAAAUAUGCUGCACAAACUGCUACAUAUUCACCUCAACCAUUAAAAACAAGCUUCAGUGCAGCUGCUGAAAGCCAUGGGAUGCCACAUACUGUUCGUAUGUCAACAGAUAACCCGAACCAUGCACCAAUUUCAGCCGGUGGUUUUGCAGCUUCUCCUCUCGUUCAUGUUUCUGCAACAACUCCUACAUCUGCACAGUAUCAGUUGCCCGUGGGUUCUGGCAGUGUGCCUGGUAGCCAUAUAGGAAGAGAUCCAUCUUCCCCAGCAUUGCCUAGAGGUGAAAGAGUACAGAUAAGAACUGAUGGAGGAUCCAAUGGGUCUUCUUAUGCUUAUCAAGUACAAGCAAAUUCUUCUGCAAAUCAUCCACCCGUUAAUGCUCCAACUUGGUCAACACAAAAUCAAAGUGGACCAGAAAACAAGGUGCCAAGUCAUACUUCUGUCAGGGUUGAAGGAACUGCUGGUAUGAGUAAGCCAGCAAUGACUCCUCUAGCAGCACGAGAUCAGAAUUCUAGGUCAUUUACCUCUCAGCCAUCUUCUGGACAAGUGCCUGGCGGACACCAGCCUUCACCAAAAAUUCGCUUUGUUCAAACUUCUUCAGUUCCUAAUAAUCACAACGAGAUUGCCAGAAUUAUUCAGAAAUUAUUGCAACCACAUCUUCCUGAUCAUCCAACAUGGAUCCCUCCAUCAAGGGAUUACAUGAGUAAGGCUUUGACUUGCCAAACUUGCCAGAUCAGCAUCAAUGAGGUAGAUAAUGUUCUUAUAUGUGAUGCAUGUGAAAAAGGAUAUCACAUUACAUGCGCACAAGCACCUAACCAGAGAGGAAUUCCUAGAGGUGAAUGGCACUGCACAAGAUGCUUGUCGCUAAGCAAUGGAAAGCCUUUGCCUCCUAAGUAUGGGCGUGUUAUGAGAAGUAAUAUACAAUUAAAAGCCCCUUCCAGCACGGUCCCUUCCAGUACAGUUGCUUCCAGCACUGUUGCUUCUGCUACAGUCCCUUCUAGCACGGCUGUAGUUCAGAUGUCCUCGGGGAAUAACGUGGGAGCUUUAGAUCAGAAGGCCUUUGAGCAGAAGAUAAAUGCACAUGUAAGCUCUGUUUCCCCAGAUCCUGCUCAUGCCGGUGGUGUGGGAACGGACAAUAUUAAGUCGGAAACAGAUUCAAAAGUUUCAUUUGCAAGAGCAAUGCAAGGGAAUAAUUUACCAUCAAGCAGUGUAAAUGCAGAUGAGAAACCUGUUUCUGGAAGUUUCUUGUCAAGUGAAACAUCAUCUAAACAAAUAGGUAAUCUUGAAUUAUCUGAACCAAACGGGACACCUUCUCAAUCAAGAGCAGAACCUUCUUCUGAUUUGUCAAACAAAGAUGCUGAUCCAAAGAUUUCGACUGCAAGUGAAAUCGAAGGGAAUAAAUUUCCAUCAAGCAGUAACAAUAUGGAUGAGAAAACUCUUUCUGGAAGUCUUCCUUCUGGGGAAAGGACAUCUCAACUGAGAGAUACUUCUGAAUCAUCUAAAUCUGACAAGAGACUUUUUGAAUCAAGUGCAGAACCACCUGCAGAUUUAUGCAACAAAGAUUCUGAUCCAAACAUUUCAAGUGCAACAGAAACACAGGUGAAUAAUUUCCCAUCAAGCAGUCAAAGUACGGAUGAGAAACCUCUUUCUGGAAGUUUCAUGUCUGGUGAAAGAUCCACUAGAGAAACAGAUAAUCCUGAAUCAUCUAGAUUAAUUGAAUCAAGCGCAGAGCCUCCUUCUGAUAUAUCCAACAAAGAUGUUGAUUCAAAUAUUUCAAAUGCAAGAGAAAUGCAAGGGCUUCCAAACUGUGGAGAAGAUUCUAGCUGUUCUAUUAGAGAUGUCCAAGAUAUUGCAAAAGAAAAUAUUUGUGAAAGUCUUGUAGUUAGCGGUGGGACACUAGAGCAUACUAGACUUACCUCUGAUGGCUUGCGACCUGUUGAAUGGAUCGGUGAUUCAAUUCAAGUUGUCAGUGAAAAACAAUUUUACGGUUCUUGUUGUAUUGAUGGAGUAACAUAUGAGCUACAAGAACAUGCUCUCUUCCAGUCUAGUGAUGGCAAAUUGAUACCCUCUAAACUUCAGUCAAUGUGGGAGGAUAUGAAAAGCGGGUCAAAGUGGGUUAUAGUUAACACAUGUUACUUUCCUAGUGACUUACCAGAGAAUGUUGGUCGGCCAUCUACACCUGAAAGUAAUGAGGUGUACGAAUCUAAUCAUGAAAGCACUGUAAUGGCGGGCUUAAUUCAAGGUCCAUGUGAAGUUCUUCCUCUUGCUAAGUUCAAUGAAGAAAUUGAAAGACGGAGCCAAUUAGGAGCUGAUACAAAUAAUGAACUACCACCAGUUUUUCUGUGCAAAUGGAAUUAUGAUGAGUUCAAGGGGUUAUUGCAGCCUGUUUCCCAAUAAUCCAGUUAUAGGUGUAUUUUUGGUGGUCUCCUAUUCUUUUUUUGUUAUGGCAGCUGGUUCAUGCUCUCUUUGAUCAGGGUAUUGUGUUUCCAAUGGAGCAUGCUUGGCUAUUCUACACAAGGAGUUCCAUGGUCAUCUCUGUAAAUUAGGUUAUAUCUGUUUUUUAUUUGACCUAACAAUUGCAAGGGUACGCACAAUAGCAGUUCAACGUAAUCUUUCAUUCCCCUUUUUCUCUUUCUUCAUUCCUUUUAUUACAGUAUGAAUGUAUGAUAUUAGUGGUAUCAGUCAUAAAUAUAAAAUCAUUAAAUGAUCAUCUUCUUCGUGUGUAUGUUAUUUGUUAAGCAAUAGAGCAUGGAGUGAAAUUGCUCGAG